UACCUACUACGUCGAAUUGCACCUCGAGAGAAAACCCCGGAGAGGAAGUACUCCCAACUCGGCUAUCCGACAUAUACCUAUACAGACACGCAUAGAUUCAUCUUUUACUCUCCUAGUUAUCGUUAACCCUUUUUUCCCUACCCUUUUUUUGACAUUUCUCGCCCAAGAUGGAUACGCGACCGGAGCUGUCCAAAAACCGCUCCAUGGCCAUCCUCAACGCGGCCCGUGACGGUGGGUACGCCGUGCCGGGCAUGUGCUGCUAUAACAUUGAGUCCAUCAUCGCCACUGUCCGCGCGGCCGAGGCGGCCAAGUCGCCCGCUAUGGUCCUCCUGUUCCCCUGGGCGAUCGAGUACGCCAACGCCUCGCUCGUGCGCGCCGCCGCCGACGCGGCGCACACGGCCAAGGUACCCGUCAGCCUGCAUCUCGACCAUGCGCAGACGCCAGAGCUCGUGCGCCGUGCCGCUGACAUCGACGGCGCCUUCGACAGCAUCAUGUGCGACAUGAGCCACUACGAGAAGGAGGAGAACCUGGCCCUCACCCGGGAGCUGGUCACUUACUGCCACGAGCGCGGCAUCGCUACUGAGGCUGAGCCGGGCCGCAUCGAGGGCGGCGAGGACGGCGUCGCCGAGACCGCCGACCUCGAGGCCGUCCUCACGACUCCGGAGCAGGCCGAGGAAUUCGUCGCGACGGGUAUCGAGAUGCUAGCCCCGGCCUUCGGUAACGUGCACGGGGAGUACGGACCGCGGGGAAUACAGCUAGAGUACGACCGUCUAGAAUCGAUCAACGCGGCGGUCGGCGAUCGGGUGCGGCUCGUGCUGCACGGCGCAGACCCGUUCGACGAGAACAUCUUCAAGAGGUGCAUCAAGGCUGGCGUCUCCAAGGUCAACAUUAACAAGGGCAUGAACAAGCAUUAUGCCGCGGUGCAGGAAGAGAUGCGUGGCAAGCCGCUCACGAGUGUCAUCGAGGCCGGCACCGACAGGAUGCAAGCCGCCAUCGAGCAGUACAUGCACUGGCUCGGCAGUGCCGGCAAGGCCUAGCUAGGGUAAAUGGUCUCGGUAGGAGUGGCUCACAUCUUCUCUCUCUCUCUCUCUCUCUGUAUAGACACUCGGCGCGUAGCUUCUCAUGCAUCUAUACAUGCAUAUAUAUAUAUACGUGUAUAGCAAGACUUCCCUACUUAGCAAUUGAAAGAAUUGAAAGAUCUUUCCUUCGCUGUGAUGAAAAUGAGACGCUAACAUGCGCUUCUUACGCGAAGAACGUACCUAGUCAAUGCCUAAAUACGUGGAUCUUAAG